AUGGACAAACUCAUGACUCCAGAAUGGGACUGCCCGCGGGGACCGUGCCCGCCGCUGCUGCCGGAGUCACCGGUGACGGGGCGCAGGGCAGAGCCGGCCCCGUUAAACUCAGGGCAGGGGCCCUGCCGAGCCCCGCACCGGCCCCGGGAGCCCCGGCGGGCGGCAGGGGAGCGGGACACGCCGGGAGCGCUGGACCGCACGGCGGAGCCCUGGACCGGCACCCCGGUGCCGCCCGCGCUCGCCGGCACGCCGAUCCCGGCGGCUCCCCGGCUCCCGGGCCCUCGUCGGGACCCAGCGUCCCCUCGGAGCGGCGCCCGGCACCGCGGCGGGAGCGGCCCCGGGGCCGCCGUCUCGUUCCCCCCCGCCAAACUUUCCACACGUACCUGCCGGUGGCCUCGCUGCGGCCGGGGGCCGACGCUGCCCAUGGCCGGGGGCCGCUGCGCUCCGGGUCAGCGGCGCCUCCGCGGGCCGCAGCCGCCGGGGGCCGCGCACCGGCACCGCCUGCUGCCGCCCGGGGACCGGCCCCGCGAUCCGGGCUGGCACCGGCACCGGCACCGCCUGCUGCCGCCCGGGGACCGGCCCCGCGAUCCGGGCUGGCACCGGCACCGGCACCGCCUGCUGCCGCCCGGGGACCGGCCCCGCGAUCCGGGCUGGCACCGGCACCGGCACCGCCUGCUGCCGCCGUCCCGGGACCGGCCCCGCGAUCCCGGGCUGGCACCGGCACCGGCUGCGCACCGAGCGCUCGCCGCCGCCCCCGCCCGCGAGGGCGCUGCCCCGCCCCGGUCAGCCCCGGUGCCCGUCAAGGCUGUCGGGGAGGAGGAACAGGCUGCGGGUUAUGAACAGCCCGGAACGGCCACGCGUGGGCUGAUGAGCGCGGCAGGGGUGGCCAAGCGCCCGGCGCUGCACGGGGAGGCUGUCCCGGACUCGACCUCCACCUCCACCCGGCUGCGGGAUAACGGCGGGGGGUUCAUUGCCCGGGAGGGCUCGUUCUCCUCCCGGCUGGGGCUGGGCGCGGGGCCGGGCGCGCAGCCCCCCGCAGACCCCCGGGGCGGCGGGGCCGGGGCCGCUCGGGGAUCGCCGCCGCCAGCCGCCUUCUGCCGGCCGGCCUUCCUGCAGCUGACUCCCGAGGAGCUGCGCCGCGCCGACGACCACGCGGGGCGGGCGGUGCAGAGCCCCCGCGACGGGCGCCGCCGCCUGCCCUGGAGCACGGGAUACGCAGAGGUGAUAAACGCAGGGAAGAGCCAGCACAAUGAGGACCAGGCGUGCUGUGAGGUGGUGUUUGUGGAGCAGAGGCCCAGCCCAAGGGGCAGCGGGGAGCUGGAUGGGGGCAGGAAAGGUUUUUAUUUCCACUACUGGGCCUUGUUUGAUGGCCACGCAGGCAGCGGUGCUGCUGUCAUGGCAUCGGAGAGGCUCCACCUGCACAUCUGUGAGCAGCUCCGGGACCUCGUGGAGAUCCUGCAGGACCCCUCCCCACCUCCCGUCUGCCUCCCACACGACGCACAGACCGGUUCUGCAGAUCCAAACCACGUGUCCCAUGCCGAGGAGCGUGGGGAGGUCCUGAACGAUGCUGUGCCACGGUUUCACCUGGAGAAAGCAGUGUCCCAUGAGAGCCUGGUGAUCGGUGCCAUUGAGAAUGCCUUCAAGCACAUGGACGAGCAGAUCGAGCGCGAGCGGGCGGCCCAGCACCUGCCCGGGGGGUGCUGUGCCCUGGCUGCCAUCUACCUCAUGGGCAAGUUCUACGUGGCCAACGCUGGUGACAGCAGGGCCAUUAUCAUCCGUAAUGGGGAAAUCAUUCCAAUGUCCAGGGAGUUUACUCCAGAGACAGAGAGGCAGAGGCUGCAGUUUUUAGCUUUGCUGAGGCCCGAGCUGCUGGGGAAGGAGUUCACGCACCUGGAGUUCCCCCGCAGGGUGCAGCCCAAGGAGCUGGGGAAGAAGAUGCUCUACAGGGACCAGGACAUGAAUGGCUGGGCUUACAAAAAGAUAGAAGAGGAUGACCUGAAGUUUCCACUUAUCUUUGGGGAAGGCAAAAAGGCUCGGAUGAUGGCCACAAUUGGGGUCACAAGAGGCCUGGGAGACCACGACCUCAAGGUGUUCAGCUCCAACAUCCACAUCAAGCCUUUCCUGUCCUGCUUCCCAGAGGUCAGGGUUUAUGACCUCACGCAGUACGAGCACUGCCCUGACGACGUUCUGGUGCUGGGCACCGACGGGCUCUGGGACGUCACCAACGACAAGGAGGUGGCAGGAGUGGUGAUGGAGGUGCUGACCAGCUAUGAGCCCAACGACCCGUGCAGGUACACCAUGGUGGCCCAGGAGCUGGUGGUGCGGUCACGGGGGGUGCUGAAGGAGCGUGGCUGGCGGCUGGCCAACGACAAGCUGGGCUCUGGAGAUGAUAUCUCUGUUUUUGUGAUCCCCCUGGGUGGCCCCGGCAACUACACGUGAUGCUGGAUGAGCCUGGGGCAGCGGGGCUCAGCUUGCCUGGAUGGAGACACUGUGGAGUGGGACCCUGGGGCUGCCUCGGGGCCAUGCCUCCUCUGAGCACUCGUUUCUUGAGCCAGCUGCAAGAAGAGUAAGAAACCUGGAGCCUCAGUCUGUGCUCCUGUCCAGAGCAUCCCCCUCCACGUGCCUGCAUCCCAGUCCCAGGUGGAGAUGGAGAGGCCCUGGAUAGAGUGUGAGCACUGGGCUCGAGGGAUGUUUUCAUGCUGCUACUUUCUCAAUGCUGUGAAAAGCCUGAAGGCUCCUUGGCUCCUCAGCAUGUCCUUUGCCUCUUGCCGUGGCUGUGCUGACUGCAGCCCUGUGUGACAGCCAUGGGGCUGCUGGGGCACUCAUACCUGCUGCAGCCACCCCCUGGCUCCUGCCCCGGGAUGCUUUGGCCAGUGACACUGAAGCUGCUGCUGGAGGUGGGAGCUGGGGCUCAGGUGGGAUGUGACAGGGAGUAAAGUCCCACAGGCAGCUGGGCAGUGCUAAGCCUGGCACAAAUCCAGCGUGGCCCCACAAUGGCCAUCCCAGCCUUGUGCUCCCCAUUUUCAGCCCCUCACACCUUCAUUCUGUCACAGACUUUGUCUCAGUCUCCAGUCUGGGAGAUUGGAGCAGUGGCCAAGCUCUGCUGUGCACCCAGAGCCCCGAGGAGGGAACAGCAAUUGCACCAGCACUGGCUGUGCCACAGGUUCUGCCCCGUCCUCUCAUGCCUUGGGUGGCUGCAGUGCUUCUGGAGCCAAUUAUUUAUUAACUGCAGAGCUGAACUGGAAAAUGUCUAAAUCCUUUCUUGGUGUGGGGAGUCUGUGAAUGUAUGUCUGUAUUUUGGAGUGGCUCUGAGUUAGCAGCCUCACACAGAGCAGCCCUAUUCAGGUGAGCUUAACAGCUUAACUGCACUGGAUCUGCUUAGCCCAGGGCUGGGAACCCACAGGAAAAGCAGCUUGGUGUGACCAGGGCAGGGAAAGACAGCUCCCAUGUUUUCCUUAAUGAUCUCAGAACUGGUGCAGAGGGGAGCUGAGCAGUUGAUCUCUACACUGGAUUUUUGGAUCACACACGUCUCUAACCUGGAGCAUCCACAUCCCAGACCUCUGCAGAGUCCUAAACUGGGAGGGAUGGUCCCAUCCUGGCAGUGUGGGGAGGGGAGAGCUGGGCCAUGUCCCUUGUUUGGGAAAGGCUCC